AUGUCUUCUAAUAAACGAAAAGAAAAAACUACUCUUAGCAAUCAACAAAGAAAGGAUAUAAUUGCAUUUAAAGAAAAAAAUUCAAACAUUAGCAAUGUUGACCUUGUUGAUUUGGUAAAAAAAAAUAUGGGUCUUGAUGUUCAUCCCUCUACUAUUGGGUGUCUAAUAAAAAAUAAAGACAACAUUGGAGACAAUCUAUCUGCAAAAAGCCUUGAACCAGACACUAUAUUAGCAACAAAACAUCUUAAAGAAAGAAAAAAAAAUAAAGAACGACUAACCGUAGCAUUUUGUGCUAAUGCUGAUAGAACAGAUAAAAUUAUACUACUUCUUAAAGCAUUUGAUUUAAAGAUGGCUGGUCGUAAGACACUUCUUCUAAUAGAUGGAAUCCUUCCAAUUAAUCCGGAUAAUGAUAGUGAAGAUAAAGACGAUGAUGAAGUGCUUGACAUUGAUGAUAUUGAAUUGAUCAAAGAAUUGCAAGAAUUGGAAAUACAUGAAGCAUUAAGUGACCAAGAAAUAGUAGAUCUAGCUGCUAACUCAGAACUUGAGGAGGAUAAAAGCGAUAAGGAUAAUGACAAUACAGAAAUGCGUCAAAUUACCCAUAAUGAAGCACUAAAUGCUAUAGAUUUGCUAGAACAAUACCUUCUGCAACAGGAAUUUUGUGAUACAGCCCGGUUAAAACAUGAUAAAGCCUUGUCAAGCUUGCAAAAAGCAAUUAGAAAAUUAUAA